GCGCGUCCUCCCCCUUUUUCUCUCUCUCAUUAAUGGCAGCACAGAGAGAGAGAGAGAAAGAGAGAGAGAGAGAGGGAGAGACGGCACUGGUUCACUGUAGGUAACGAAGGCAAAAAAAUAAAUGUACGGCGGACGUGGAUCGAGAAAUCCGCACGAGCUGUACUAUCUGCAGAUGCAGCGUGGGGAGGAGAAGAUGGAGCGUGAGGAGAGCAGAGGGAGUGAAGGCCCCAGGCACAGGCUGAAGGUGUGUGUGGCCACCUGUAACCGAGCCGAUUACUCCAAACUCGCCCCCAUCAUGUUCGGUCUCAAAGCUCACCCUGACCUCUUCCACCUGGAGGUCAUCGUCCUGGGCUCACAUCUCAUCGAUGACUACGGUAAUACAUACCGUAUGAUUGAGCAGGAUGAGUUUAACAUCAGCUCCAGCCUCCACACUAUAGUUCGUGGUGAGGAUGAAGCAGCCAUGGUGGAAUCUCUCGGCCUGGCCCUGGUCAAGCUCCCGGACGUCCUUCACCGCUUAUCGCCUGACGUACUGAUCGUCCACGGCGACCGGUUCGACGCUCUGGCCGUGGCAACGGCGGCGGCGCUGAUGAACAUUCGCAUCCUGCACGUGGAAGGUGGAGAAGUGAGCGGCACCAUCGACGACUCUAUCCGUCACGCCAUCACCAAGCUGGCACACUACCACGCCGUGUGCACACGCGCCGCCCAGAGACACCUGCUGGCCAUGUGUGAGGACCACGACCGCAUCCUGCUGGCCGGCUGCCCAUCAUACGACCGCCUGCUCAACGCCCGUCACCGUGACGACUACGAAGACAUCAUCAAAUCCUGGCUCGGUGACAGUGUGAAGGAGUCAGACUACGUUGUGGCUCUUCAGCAUCCUGUAACUACAGACAUUAAGAACUCCAUAAAGAUCUACGAGCUCAUGCUGGACGCUCUCAUUUCCUUCAACAAGAAAACACUCAUCCUCUUCCCCAACGUCGACGCUGGCAGUAAGGAGAUGGUGCGUGUGAUGAGGAAAAAGGGAAUCGAGCAGCACCCGAACUUCCGAGCAGUUAAACACGUUCCCUUUAACCAGUUUAUCCAGUUAGUGGCUCAUGCAGGCUGCAUGGUGGGGAACAGCAGCUGUGGAGUGCGCGAGGCCGGGGCAUUUGGGACGCCUGUGGUCAACCUGGGCACGCGCCAGACUGGACGAGAAACAGGUGAAAACGUUCUCCACGUGCGUGAUGCUGACACACAGAAUAAGAUCUACCACGCCCUGGAGCUCCAGUUCGGGAAGAGAUACCCCUGCUCCAAGAUCUACGGAGACGGGAACGCUGUGCCGAGGAUCCUGAAGUUCCUGCAGUCCAUCGAUCUAUCCGAGCCGGUGCAGAAGACCUUCAGCUUCCCGCCGGUGCCUGAGGACAGUGUGUCCCAGGACAUCGACCAUAUCUUGGAGACGCAGAGCGCACUGGGCAUCGACCUCGGGGGCACCAACCUGCGCGUGGCCAUCGUCACCAUGAAGGGGAAGAUCAUGAGGAAGUACACUCAGCCCAACCCUAAGACCUAUGAGGAGAGAAUGGAGCUCAUAUUGAGCAUGUGCAAACAGGCCAUGACCGACGCCGUCAGCCUCAACUGCAGAAUCCUGGGAGUUGGGGUGAGUACUGGAGGCAGAGUGAACCCUAAGGAUGGCGUGGUGUUGGACUCCACGAAGCUGAUAAACGAGUGGAAUCGCAUUGACCUGCGCUCUCCGCUGUCUCAGUUGCUCCACCUGCCGGUGUGGGUGGAUAACGACGGGAACUGCGCCGCGCUCGCCGAGAGGAAGUUCGGCCACGGGAAGGGCGUGGAAAACUUCGUCACGGUCAUCACAGGGACAGGAAAUCGGAAGGCGUGGAUCAUCCAGCACGGUGAGCUGAUCCACGGCAGUACCUUCUGCGCCGCUGAGCUCGGACACAUUAUGGUGUCUCUGGACGGACCGGAGUGUUCCUGUGGGAGUCGCGGCUGUGUCGAGGCCUACGCCUCCGGGCUAGCGCUGCAGCGGGAGGCUAAGAGACUGCAUGAUGAGGAUCUGCUGCUGAUGGAGGGAAUGAGCGUGAACAACAAAGAACAAGUGAACGCUUCACACCUCGUCCAAGCAGCUCGCCUCGGGAACAGUAAAGCAGAGGGAGUGCUGCAGACAGCGGGCGUGGCUCUGGGUGUAGCAGUAGUGAACAUCCUCCACACAGUAAACCCGUCUCUGGUGGUUCUGUCUGGAGUUCUGGCUCAACACUAUGAGAGUCCAGUCAGAAACUUCAUCACUCAGCACGCCCUUUCGUCCGCCAGGGAGGUGAAGGUCAUGACCUCUGACCUCGACAGCCCCGCCCUGCUGGGUGCUGCCAGCAUGGUCCUGGACUACACCACACGCCGCACCUACUGAGACACAGCACACUGACACCGAGGGCCAAUCAGACUCUUCCUUUCUCAUUCAGAACUCCCUGAAAGAGUAGUGUUUGGGAUCAAACCAUUCAGAAGCAACUGGAAUAGCCAAUCAGAUGAGACGCCCUGAGACUCAGAGCCAAUCAGACGAGACGCCCCGAGACUCAGAGCCAAUCAGACGAGACGCCCCGAGACUCAGAGCCAAUCAGACGAGACGCCCCGAGACUCAGAGCCAAUCAGACGAGACGCCCCGAGACUCAGAGCCAAUCAGACGAGACGCCCCGAGACUCAGAGCCAAUCAGACGAGACGCCCCGAGACUCAGAGCCAAUCAGACGAGACGCCCCGAGACUCAGAGCCAAUCAGACGAGACGCCCCGAGACUCGGAGCCAAUCAGACGAGACGCCCCGAGACUCGGAGCCAAUCAGACGAGACGCCCCGAGACUCGGAGCCAAUCAGACGAGACGCCCCGAGACUCGGAGCCAAUCAGACGAGACGCCCCGAGACUCGGAGCCAAUCAGACGAGACGCCCCGAGACUCUGAGCCAAUCAGACGAGACGCCCCGAGACUCUGAGCCAAUCAGACCAGACGCUCCGAGACUCUGAGCCAUUGGGACAGUCACAUGUCUGAGAGUCUCUUCUGAUUGGCUGUGAGUUUUGGAGAGUCUCUUCUGAUGGGCUGUGAGUCUUGUAGUUUUUCAAUGAGACUCUAGCGACCCUCUAACAGCCUGGAGCCAGAAGCCUUGUACAGUAUCUGAGAUAAAACAGAGCCCCCAUCUUUUACUUCUUUGUUUUAAUUUCUCUUGCUGUCUCUCCUGCACCUUUUUAAAAUCCUGAUCUUGAUAUUUUUACUUUGUUAGAUAUUUUAUAAUGACUAUAUAGCUUAGCUCCGCCCCCUGGCCUUCUCCUGCUGGUGCCUUUAACAGUGUUUGGGAUCAAACGUGAUGAUGAGGAAGAGGAGUUUAUAAUAAUUGUUGAAGGAAUGCUUCACUCAGAGCAGCUAUGGCUAAUGUUAGCAUGUGCUAACUGAUGCUAGCUUUGAACUCUUUAUAAUGAGCCUAGAUGCUGGAUUCUCUCUGUCUCUCUGUCUGUCUCUCUUGCUCUCUCUCUGUCUCUCACUGUUUCUUUCUGUCUCUCUCUCUCACCACCCCUCCCUCCUUCCCUCUCUGUCUGUCUCUCUGUCUCGUACUUGUCUGUCUGCCUGGUCUGGUCUGUGUGUAUUUCUUGUUAAAAGCGAUGAUGAUGAUGAAGUGAUGAUGAUGAAGCGAUGAUGAUGAUGAUGAUGAUGAUGAAGGAAGACGGUGUUACCUCAUUGGUUGGAGUCCUGAGGCUGUGUUCCGAUUCAGUUCCUGAUGCUCCAUUCCUCACUUCCCCUGACCGAGUGCACUUCACUUAGCUGUGUUUCAUGUUCCGUUGUUUUAUUACUCUGAGGGAAGGUGAUGAUGAUGAUGAUGAUGAUGAUGAUUGAUGAGUUUGAUGAUUGAUGAAAAGAACUCAUCAGAAUUAAAACUCAACAUAUUCUCACACACACACAGUAAUGAUGUAAGAGAGGGCGGAGCUUGGACCUUUUAUUCCACAGCUGAAGUCAUUAGAUUUUGGUGAUUAGCAAUCAGCUGAUCAGAUCAGGUUUAAGCCCCGCCUAUGUUUACUUGGCUACGCCCCCUCAUGCUGACCGUUGAAGUGGAUAUUCCAUUGUUGUUUUUUUGUACCGUCACUUUAUACGAAUGUCUGAUUAAAUCCUCAUGAAGUCCAUCAUUGAAGGAAAUUCUACCAUUAAAACAUUUUACUGCA